AUGGCCAAGUCUACACUUGUUUCUGUUUUACAUAACUUCGAAUUUCCAAUGUACUGUAAUGUCCUAGAGGUCUCAAAUGACCAGGAAACCAUAAUAGCUUCUGGUGGGUACAAACCCUGUAUCGCCGCAUUUGAUCUAAUCGACCAUACGCCUAAAUUUGAACGAAAUAUAGAUGAUGAGGUCAUCAGAAUUUCCAUAUUAGGCAAUGAUUGGAAGAAAUUAGCACUUCUACAUAAAGCCGGCAAAAUAGAGUUUCAUUCACAGUACGGCCAUCAUCAUACAAUUGAACUACCCAAUGAAUGUCGAGAUAUGAAAGCCGAUCUUAGUAGAGGUGAAAUUCUCACCGUUGGCAAAAGACCUUCAAUCUACCGCUUCAGUACUAGUGCCGGCAAGUUACUUAAUCCUCUACCCACUACUUUAACUAGUAUUGAAUCUAUUUCCCUAAGUAAUAUUCAUUCUCUCUAUGCACUAACAGCUGAACAAGGUCAGUGUGAGUUUAUUGAUGCACGAUCGGGUCAAAGUAUUAAGCCAUUUAACUUACCAACUGAAUCAGCUACUGCCUCGGCCUUUUCACCCGAUGGCAUCUUUUUAGCCGUUGGUACUUAUGAAGGCACUGUCUCUCUUUUUGAUCUGCGUAGUAAUACUCCACUUUUAGUUAAGGAUCAUAAUUAUGACUUUCCCAUCAGUAAAAUAAGUAUUCAAAAGACCAAUGUAGUUUCUUUAGAUAAGAAAGGUCUGAAAGUUUGGGAUAAGUUUUCCUCCAAAACUCUAGCUACAGUUGAACCCGAUUUUACUCUAGCUGAUUUUACUCUUUCCCAAGGUAUUGUCUUCCUCGGCGGUGAUUCACCUACUAUGAAAACCUUCUAUGUCCCAGCCCUAGGCCCAUUCCCUAAAUGGUGCAGCCAUCUAGAAGGCACAACCGAAGAAAUGGCCGAAGCCGCCAAGGAAACAUACUUUGACCACUAUCGCUUCCUUACUGAAGACCAAAUUGACCAACUCAAUCUCAAGUCCGAAAUUGGCCGUUCAAUCAAACCGCAUAUGCACGGGUACCUAGUCCCAAUUCCCCUCUAUGAAACCAAAGUCCAUCCCAAUCCAAUCUAA